UCAGAAUGAAUUCUCUCCACGUCCCUCUCCCCCAUCCCCCACUGAUUUCCGUGCUUACGUUUAAUGACUGGGCUGAUAUUAUUUGGGCCUCCACGUAUGAUAAAGAUGCCUUCCCGCAGAUGUCUAGGGAUUACGUGUUAGGAGCUAAGGAGAUUGUGGCGGAAGAUCUGCUUGUUGAAGCCUUGAUUAGGGAUAAGGUGUUGAUGAAGGAGAGAGUUUUCGUAGACUUGUGGAAUGUGGUUUCGGAGUUCCAUGCUGAACUUCUUCUCCCCUCUCCUUUGGAGCCCCAUGCCUCAGAACCAGACUCCGAUGAGGAGGAUGGCCUGUCGCUCACUGAGGAGGAGAAAGCUUUUCAUGCUCAAUUCGUAGCGGAAUCGAGUGCUCAACUUGCUGUUGGUUUGGCGAAGGAGAAAACGAGGGAUGUCAACAAAUUCCUCCGAAAUGCUUUUCUCCCAAUUGCUCCGCCGAGAUGGAUUGAAUCUGAGGCAAAAGCAAAGGGUGACAAGAUAUGGGAUUUUGAUACCUUCAACCAUGUGGCUCCUAUUAGUACUAACGCGUAUAGACUGUUGRCUUCUCUCACGRAAGAGGAAGUGYUUYUUUGUCAUGAGCGAGCACUUAAUGAGAACACAGAGGUGAUUAAGGGACCGUAUCCACGAAUGGCGGAUGCCAUGAAACUCCCGACGGUUGGGCAUUUUGACCCCCUGAAGUGCACUGCGUCCCCCACGACCCUUGCGAUCAGAGGUUUCUAUCCUCCCAAGGGACAGACUGCAUUAGCGGAGUUGAAGAGAAUAUGGAAUGUAGGUAGACCGUAUCUGAAAUGCCGAUGUGUGGAAUUGGGGAAAGGGGAUUGUAAGACUAACAUCACGUGGUUUGACCAUGUGCUCUGGUACAUGCUGUCCAAUCCCGAUCUCAUGUUCCCUGCAGCUCCGACUCUUUUUGCUAAGAUGAGGGCGAUGAGGACAUUUUUGAAGAAGACUUGGCGGACGCCCAUCCUGGCCAGUGUGGUCUUCUCCCACAUGCGGGAGAUCAUGGUAAAAAUGGCACAUGCUAUGGUUGCGAACCCUGUCGUGCGUCAGGAAAGGGUACUUGAUGAUGUGACCCUCAUGUCGAGGAAGUUUCCAAAGAAGAUGGCGUCACUGCUGCUACCUGAUCGUUACCUCAACAGUCCUGCUAAGCGCAAGAGACCCCUUGCCCAGGAAGUUCAUGCAGCGAAGCGUCCCAAUAGGACAAUCCUGUCUUAUUACGUCAGACCGCAGCAAGACCUACCGGUAGAUGGUGAUGAGCACCAUCCUGAGUACAUCGCGUCCCUUGCUGUUGCUGAAACCCCCCCAGAUUCUUCAGUGUCCUUCCAAGCGGACACUGUGAAUUCUGCGUCCAGCAAACAGCCGUUGAGGCACUUCAGGGCUGUUGUACCAGGGAGGGUGUUGUUCCGUUCUUAAUUGGAUAGUCAGGAGGGGUGAAGGACGGAAUGAUGGAUGAUGAGGGCAGAAUGAUUGUUGACGAGACGGGCAGGAAUAAUUGGACUAGUGCCCCAUCGCCACGUGUGGAGCUGUAUGUCCAUACUAAGUAUGAGAACAGGGCAAUGGAGGUUGUCCGAUUCAGAUCCAUUAUUGAGAUGGCUUUCGAACGUUUUUUCCUGCCGGCUGCGAUUAUCCUCCUCGCAACUAUAGUCUUGGGAUGGGCUUACCAUGAGUCGCUUGAUUCUCUUCUGUAAAGGCCAUCUUCGGUCUUCAGGGACUUUGUUUUGGAAGAAUGGCUCGAUUUCUGUAUUAACAGGCCUAUUUGUCCUUGUGUAUCAAACCGUUUCGGUCGUUUUCAUAAUCGUGAGACUGCCAAUAUGGCUCAACCAUUCUCUACCCCUUCUCAGCAUGUAUUCACAAUGGAUUGUUCUAUUUCUCAAAAUCAGCAGUUGGCCUGCUUACUCUCCCAGGGGUUAAACCACAUUCCCCUGUGCCCACGCUCUGCCCUUCGAGCAAUCCAGGCCUUUCUUGCUUCUUGGGAUCUCAUUGUUCAGCAUAUGCUUGGAAGGAUGUUCAUCCCUCCCCCAGCAGUCAGACUGGCCACUGCUUUUGUCAAAAAGCAACUUGACCUGCAUAUCGCUGGACUUGGCCUCAGACGUCACUCAGACCCCCCAUGUUUGUUGGACACCAGUUCAAUAAGAGCUGAAAUUACGUUCUUAACCAAAAAUUUGUUCGUGUCAGGAACGGAUAAAGCUGCUAACACUCC